CCUUAUUACUGAAGACUGAAGACUAAAUUCGAUAAAGAUUUGAUGUUUGUGACAGCGCAAUUUUUAAUGUCUGCGGUUUGGCGUGUAGCCACUACCCAUCCGAAAAAGCUUGUAGCUGGGACACUAUGUUUAGUCUAUUGUUAUAAGUUUACGGGGGAAAAAUAUCGAGACUACGUUUUGCACCGAGAAAUAUGCUCCCAUGUAUCUUCAGAAAAUUACAAGACCGUUAAUAGCACACAACCUCUACGCAGCCUGACUGUGUUUGUAAAUCCAUUCUCGCGUCGUGGAGGACUUUUAAAAGAGUUUGAAAACAAUGCUGCUCCUAUUUUAAACCUAUCUGGUCUUGACGUUAAAAUGGUUUAUCUGGACACCGAUUCUGAAAUAAAGGACUUCAUAAAAGUGCUAGAUCCGAGCAGUACUGACGGUGUUUUAGUUGUUGGAGACGACAAUUUGAUCCAAAAAGCAGUUACAAGUUUGUUAUCCCGGGACGAUUUUAAAACUACUCCUUUGUGGUCAUUGCCAGUCGGAGCGGUGCCCGUAGGUAUUUGGAAUGGGCUUAUAAACUCCAUCUGUGAAAAAACAGUUGUCCCUAAAUGGUUUUACAACGCUUUACAUUCUGUCCUACAACAGAAUACUAAAAGAAGAAAUGUUUUGGAAGUAAAAGUUAUUUCAGACGAUAGUCAACCAAUUGAACAAUCAAAGGCGUCAUCUGCGAAUACUUAUUCUUUAUUAGGUAUUGAAUGGAAUAUUUGGAGAGAUAUAGAACUUGGUGGGGGUUGUGGUGUUAGUGAUAGGCAUAAAAAGCCAACAAAUCCUAACGAUCACCGUGGUGUACUCACAACACUUUCAGUUUCAUCUCCUAGAUCUUGGAGUCGUAAUUUUGGUGCAUUGUGGAGAUCUACUUGGUAUUGGCUUCGAUCGUCUGAAAACAAUGCUCAAAUAUAUCCUCAUAGUGAUUCUAAAACUUCAUUGAAUUUUUUCGCAGAUUCUCCAGUCACUAUAUCUGAAAAAAAGCUGGAAAAAAGUCGUGUGAAAUUCGCUCGCCUUACUUAUACUCCAAUUUGUACAGGAUGUUCGAAAUGUUGGGAGAAGAAGUUAAUGAGUUAUAAAGAAUCUGGUCUCGAAGUAAAUACAAAGAAAUCAUCAUCUCUAUUAGGAAGAAUAUUUGGAUUCUCACUAAGCAGUAAUAAUAAAAAAUCAAAUAUUGAUGAAGUGAAAAGUAUAGAAAUUCAACAAGAAAUCAAAGCUAAGAGUUCCAUAGAUAAUCCUGCAUGUGGAGAACUAAAGGAAUUAAUCGUUGAAAAGGCUUCUGGAUUCACAAUCACUCCGGAAGGAGAUCACAUUCGUUUGGAUAUUUUGCGUCGUUCCACCAGCUAUUGGGAUCAUAUACAACAGUUUCGCUCAUGGCUCCUUUCUCAACCGUAUUCAUUUAAAUCUGGUAGUCAGGUAAUAUUGUGUGAUAAAUUGCGUUUGUUUCCUGGUCAAACCGAGAGACUAAUGUAUUCAAAGACAACAUUUUGUAUUGUUUCGUGCACACAUAUCAGCUUAAUUUGUAAUGAUUUGGAUUCGCGUAGCUGAAGAGAGACGACUGCGUCAAGUGUGAUUCGAUAGGUGCAUGCUUUGUUGUACGAGAAAGUAUUGCUUUUCCCUUUAUGUAUUUUGAGACCUACUGCUGCUGAGGCUGCUGCUACACUCGUUGUUGGUGCAUGUGUGAUAAAAGAGCCAGAUGAUCUGCGAAGUCCAGAUCGUCCAACUGCAUUCUAGCUGUCCACUGUAUCUAAUGCUUCGCCCCAGAUGUUGACGUCUUUAUGAUCCAGUUUCUUUGACACUGCGUAAUUGAUUAAAAUUAAUGGAAUAUCGCAGUAAAAACUAUACAUAUGUAUUCUCGCCUGGCUUUUCAGUGAUAUCUGUAGAAAUUAAGUGAGAUGGAUUGCCUUAGGACAAGUUUGCAAGAACUCUAUUAAGAUUGUGAUGAAAUGUUGGAGAGAAGCGCAAAACUCGGAGGAAAUUUUGGGAGGAAACACGAAAUUUUUCACAAUUUUGAGGUUUCAUUAAUAAAUACAAGUCGACUUCCUCGAAGUGUGUAGAUUCUGGUUUCUGAAGUUGAUGAAAGAUAUAAUGAUGUUUGUUACAAAAUCAGUGGAUACAAUACUUGAAGGAUUAGAAAUGUAGUGAAAAGUAAGUUAGUAUUUUGUAUGAUUGAUUUCUUUCUGUAUAAGGAAUGAAAUUACAUGAUUUUUUAAAAUAAUCGUAUCAUAUUACCUACCAAUUUAUAGUAGUAGUAUGUUAAUUUUUUUAAAAGAUUUGUAGGAUCAAUAGGCUGAUUUCAUUUAGGUAACUAUGAGGGUAAACUCAUUUUUAACAUAAU